CAGGUUUGAGCGCUAGAAGUUGGAUCCGAUUCCCCUCAAGCCCCCAGACCCUCGCUUAAGUCCGUGAAUAUUUUGACGUUUAUUGACUGGUAUCUUUGCGGUGAUUGGGAGGGAAUUUUGUUUUUUCGAUCACGUUUAUUUUAUUUGGGUCGGUUCGGGAGUGAGGGAUGAGAUGGUCGCUAUACCAUCCUGAGUUAGUGCCGUUAUUCUUGUCCUCCGUAUGAACCCUCCAUGAAGCUUUUGGUUUGAGGCAAUUCGCUACGUCGAGGAUAUGAGCGUUAAAUUUGCACUAUGAUGGAUUAGAGUUACGAUUCCUUGCUGUGUCCUGAGGUGCGCAAGUGGUUGAGUUUCGGAGUAAGGAGUUUCCUGGCGAUUAGGGGUGCUGUUUGCGUUUGUGGGGUGAUCACUGCGACUCAACGGCGGGUUGGCCAAUUUUACAUCGAGAGUCGUAUUUAAUGCAGACACUGCGCAUUGGAUGAUCGACGUUUAAAAAUUUCUUGCCCAGUCAAUAACAACUUCCUCCAUAAGCGAAUUUAUGCACGAGGUAGUGCACACAAUCAUGCAGAGCAUGGUGGGCAUUCAGUUUUCCCGACCUUCAAGUCCUUCAAGAUGCAUCUCAAUCGGGUCGUGCCCGAGCUUCCAACCCCCUCGCAGAAUCCCCUACUACCUUGGAACUCCGACCUUCCAAUCCGCCAGGAAGUUUGCAAAAUUUAUCCCUCUGACUCCCAAGGCCAUGCACUCAGAGCAUUCUGCAGGAGAAGAGAUGGUCAAUCUGCAGCCGGGAGAUGAUUCAACUUCGAAAGAUCUAGAUUCAGCUUCGACAGGACGAAAAGCAGAAGAUGAGGAAGAAAGUGUAUUGACGAGCAUCGUUAAUCUAGCUGUACCUGCUCUUGGUGCUGUAUUGUCAGACCCCAUUAUGAGCCUGAUUGAUACUGGUUGCGUGGGCCAAGUUAGCUCGGUUCAUCUUGCUGCACUCGGUCCAAACACAUCCAUCUUCAACUUCAUAUUCCAGCUCUUUACGUUCCUAGGAUCUGCUACAUGUAACUUGCUGGCUGGCAUCAAUUUGCGUGCUUCUUCUGUUGAAGAACAGAGAACGCAACAACAUCAGGCAUCUCAGCUUCUCAACCACGCCCUUUUCUUAGCCGUAACUUUUGGAGUUGGGGUAUUUUUUUUGAUGGAGGCAUUUGCUCCCAAACUAUUAGCACUCAUGGGCACAGGCCCAGAGUAUCUCAAACCUGCGCUUGUUUACCUUCGAGUUCGGGCACUCUCUGCUCCAGCUGUUCUGAUUUUGAUAGUGGGACAAGGUGCUUGUUUGGGGCGUCAAGAUGCAACAACUCCUCUGCGAAUCAACUCUAUGGCAGCUUUCUUAAACCUCAUUGGGGACGCCAUUUUCACACUUUAUCUCGGCUGGGGAGUUGGAGGAGCUGCCUGGGCAACCCUCCUUUCUCAGUGUGUAGCGGUUAUACUAUUGGUAAGGAAUUUGACGGGAAAGUCUACGCAGCGAAUUGAAGGGGAGCAAGAUUUUUCACAGGCAUUUCCUCUCAAACUGGGAUGGUAUGGGCUGCCAACAUCAGAAAAUCUUGGGCCAUUUUUGGCUCUAGCAGGCCCCUUAAUACUAAGGUCUGUUCUUGGCAUGACAGUCUAUACACUAACAACAAAGGGAGCUGCUCAAUUUGGAACUCUGAGCGUAGCGGCACAUCAAGUGGCUUUGCAGGUAUUCUGGACAUUAAGUUACUUUCCGGAGUCGUUAUCCAUUGCGGCACAAUCAUUGGUUGCACGGAAUGUGAAAACUAAUCCACAGAGAGCACAAAAAGUGGCACGGAUGCUGUUGGGAUUUGGUGGAGUGUUGGGUGUUGCUUUAAUGGGGGUUGUAGCCUCCGUGCACUACCUUGGGUCGUCAUGGCUUACAGCAGAUCCCAAUGUGCAACAUUUGGUGCAGUCCGUGACCCUGCAAAACAUGCUGUGCGAAUUACUCUGCUCGCUUGCACUUGUGGUGGAAGGGACUGCUAUUGCGGCUGGUGAUUUUGCAUAUUUGCCGAAAAUGCAGUUUCUGAACCUGGGUGGUGUUCUCUUAUGUCUCUGGAUAACAUUUCAGAACAAUUUGGGAUUAGGAGGCAUCUGGUGGUGCCUUGUAUUUUACUUCGGGUUUCGUGUCUUCUUCCAUUCCUGUUACAUUGCCAACCACUGGAGGACGCAUGUACUGGGAGGUGGAUUUCCAUCUUCAAUUCCUGAAGAGGAGGCUCGAGCAUUUCUUGCAACAUGAUUACUUAGGUCGGGUGUUUGUCAAAUAUUUCUUUUUUUCCAUCCCAUUGUCUAAUUUUGUCUUCCUUAGCUUUAGAUGAACCUUUGAACUUGUUUUUAGACGUGGUCUCAAUUUGAAAGCCGCUCCUAAAUCAGGUCACUUUCGGACCAAGCAACCAGUCGAAAUUAUAAGCUCACGCGUUGGUUUCAACUCUAAUGUUGAACUCCUCUAUCGGUUGAAAUCUUGCUCUGUUGCUUGGUCUGAAACGAACUUUAUCCUCGGUGAAGAUACAGCAGCUGGUAAUGAGAAUCAGAACCACUUGCUAGUGUUAAUUCUGAAGCGCAACUGUGAAGCACUAGUGUUAAGCAUUAGUCCCCAAUUGAUGUAGUUUGUUCGUCAAGAGAGCAGGUUCUUGAGGUGCAGGAAUCUUGUCAAGAGAUUAGGAAAUUCGUUGGAAUAUGUGGACAACUUUUGCACAGGGUAAUGAAUUUGACUCGACUGCACACUUUGUGACGACAGGGCUUUAGUACCAUACAAUGAACUAAUUUCUAUUUAGUAAAGAUUGUCGAAGUUCGCUUGAAAUGUUGA